UUUUCCUGAAAUUAUAGUAUAAAGAACACAUCUUCCUCUAAUGACACCCUUUCUUGCACAAGCUUAAAAAAAUUAAUUUCUCGAUGCCUAGACCCCCUUUGUCAAAUCUAACUGAGAUUAGUAAAUUUAAACACAAAAAUAGAGAGGAUGAGUGUAUAAGCCUGGCUUCGUUUGGAAACUAGUGAAAAACAAAAAAAAUGUCUUUGUUCAUUGAGCUUGGAAACAUGCAGCUUGAAAGAUAUAACUGAGUUAAUUUGUUAGGUAAAUACAGAUAAACUCUUUAAAUACAAUCUAGGCACAUUUCUUAGUGUGCAGCGUGCAAUUAAGUAACUGGAUCUUUACUAGGCUUCAGAUAGCAAUCAAAACAUAUGGUUAAUAUUUGUGUUUUAGUUACCUCUUACUUUAUUUUCUAACCAUAUAAUCGGUUUAUGCCUUCCAGAAAGUUUGCAGAUAUCCUGAGUUCUGCCCUACUAAUUUUUGCAUGCAGCUACUGGUUAUUUGUUGUAUCACAGCGAUAGGUUUUUAUGUAUGUUAUGGCAAAAAAUACUACUUUAUUAGCUUACAAAGUGGGAACUAGACAUGAUGUUACAACCUUUUUUAGAGAAUACAGCUGGAUCUUAGAACCAUUUGUCACGAGUACAGAAACUUUGUAAUGAGGCUGAGUCAAAAGCAUAAUGAGAAGCUAAUUUAUUUCCAUUGAUUAUGCACGCAUUUUAGUAAGCAAGGUACUAUCUGUCAGACAUAAACAAUUUAACAGAAUACUGUGUCUGCAAGUCUUUGCAAAAUGGCUGCAUAAGGGUGAAGCCCCUUGCCCACGUUCAUCCAUGCUAUUUUAAUGCAUUAAUAAUUUGCUCUGAGUAAGGGAGAGCACAUCUGAAGCUUAAAAAAAGCUGUAUUUCACUGACAAGCAACAGGAAAGCAAAUUAAAACCUAAGAUGCCUGCAUUCAUAUGUAUUGGCUGGAACUGCAGGCUGCUGCUGACACGCAAGCUGGUCUGCUCGAAGGGACAAGCAGGCACCACCAAGCCGGCCAGAGAACACCAGAUGACCCCAGGCUACUUUUUCCUGCCUUUGCCCCCCAUUUUAACCAAAGCAGGCCUUUGCGUCUUCAGGCCCGGAGCGUGUACCAGCACCACAUGUCCCGUGUCAGGGGGCCUGUCGCUGUCGCUUGGUUCCCCCCCUGCCGGGCCCGCGCUGAGCAGGAGGCCCGACACCGCCACCAGGUUUGAAUAGCUCGUAAUUAACAUCAUCAUUUGCAAAUGCAAUGGAAGAGGGCAAAAUUGAAGACGUGCAGGGUAUUCUACGACUUAAUGUGCGAGGAUGUUUAUACACAGCCAGGCGUGAGUCUUUAUGCCGCUUUAAGGAUUCAAUGCUAGCGUCUAUGUUUAGUGGACGCUUUCCUCUAAAAGUGGAUGAAUCAGGAGCAUGUCUAAUUGAUAGAGAUGGAAGCCUGUUUAAAUAUCUUUUGGAUUAUCUUCAUGGAGAAGUUCGGAUUCCUGGAGAUGAAAAAAUUCGAAUUGCGCUGCAGGAGGAAGCGGAUUAUUUUGGCAUCCCUUAUCCAUACAGUCUGUCUGAACAUUUGGCCAAUGAAAUGGAGACAUAUUCUUUAAGGUCAAAUAUAGAGCUUAAAAAGGCUUUGUUGGAUUUCUGUGAUUCUUAUGAUUUAGUUUGCACCAAGCCUACAGUUUGGGUCCUGCACUAUCUCAACACUUCUGGAGCAAGCUGUGAAAGUAAAAUUAUUGGUGUGUAUGCCACGAGAGCUGAUGGGACUGAUGCAAUUUAUAAGGAGCUAGGAAUGAAAAUUCAUAGUAGAAGUGUUUACAAAAGAGAAGCUGGAAAUAACCUCCAAUACAUCUGGAGCUAUUACUCAGUAGCUGAGUUGAAAAAGAUGAUGGAUGCUUUCGAUGCCUGGGAAGGGAGAGGUGUCAGCUACUGGAGAGUGCCUCAGGAGCUGAUUGAAUGUUGGACUCUUGAGGAACGCCCUUUGAAAGGCAGUUUGCGUCAUAUGCCUCCAGUUCAUAAAAGACGAUUAAUCGACUUUACUGAAGACGACGACUACUUACCAUGUAAAGCAGCUCCCAAGCCGAUUACAUACUCGGGUCCCUCAACAAGUACCCACAUCAAAGUCAAGAAUUCAGCUUCGUUAAAGGUAGCUGCUUGCAAUGCUUCACGUUCUGCAGUGACUCUUAAACGACCCCAUAGUGAAAGUCUGACACCGCACAAAGUAGCUUCUGAAACUCUAUCUACGACAUGCACAAGGGCGUCCAGCAAUUUCCAGGUGCCCUGUGGAAGGCAGAGUGCUGGCAAUGGGACACCAUGUCAAAUGAUGUUCAAGAUUGCAGUGUCUAGGAAGCCCGUAAGCCACCACAUAGUAAAGCUGAAGCGAACUCCCCUUUUUCUUGCAACACCAUCUCAGCCUCCAUCUUCUGUAUCUGGUAAAACAAGCGAAAAGGACAGUGCUGCUGUUGAAAUUCCUACUCCUUCUAUGGCACUAAACAAGAAAGAACCAGCUGUAUUAGCAGAGAGUAUUGAGCUUAAGAAUGAUAAAGUGGAUGGAUAACGUUGGACUCUGCCUCACAGACCGGAUAGCUUUGUAUCAUCUGGUCAAAGAAGAGAUCGUCAUCUCGUGUGGCUGUUCACUCGAAGAUUUGGUAGAAAAUGAUGAUGAAAAAGUUCAUAAAAAGCACAGGGAGAAGAGAGAGCACUUAAACCAAGUGUGUUUUCUGCUUUAUUUCUAAAUACUUUUUAGAUGUUGGAGAGGAAGAAAAAUGGGUUUAAAAAAACCCCAAACACAGAGCACGUGCAGUCUAAUGUUCCAGUAUCUCAUGUUUGCACUUCUGUUAGGAUGUACUAGUACGCCUGACCCUUUUUAAAGGGAGUACUUGCACAGCAUAAAAGACAACCACUUCAUCAACUUUAAUUAACUCUAGUUAAUGUUAAUUUCUUACUUUGUAUCUUUGAAGUGGGAAAAAAUAGGUAACAAGAAGUGUUUUUUAUUAGAUACAAGUUUGCGGCAAGUGUCAACAUAGCCAGUCCUGUGAAGAUUCUGGAAGUUGAAAGCACUUUUUGGGGCUUCUGGUGAGGAUAAACCACCAUUUUGUUACGAAUGGCAAUGAAAGGGACCGCCUUUGCUUGCACACAGCAAGAAAAUUCAGAAAUACAGGAAGGGAAGAAGUAUGCCUAGGGAGUAACACGGCAUUUUUUUUCAUAGACCUGAGACACACAUAUACUGCUUUCCUAACAUGGUGUGAUCUGCCACAGGGGUGGGGCUGCUGCAGGCAGCCGGUGCAGCCUUGGCAUUUUGUAUCGCACCUCAGGGGUGUCUUCUCCAGCUGCAGGGAGCCCCGUGGGUCUGAGUUACACCUGGCCCCCCUGUGUCCUUCUGCAAGUCCUUUCAAACGAGGAGGGGACAACCUCAACUUCCUUGCAGGAAAGCAGUGCUAACAGAGGUGCCCUGGUUUGAGGAAAGAUGAAAGAACCCUGCCUUCCCCCAGAGCAGGAUAGAGGACACCUUCUUGUACCACAGUAAAUUUUGCAUAAUGGUACUGAAGAGCUGCUGUGUUUCUAUCAGCAGAGGAAAGCCGAAUUUGGCUCCACUGAUUUUAAAAAGCCCUUUUAGUUGUUCAUAUUAGUGAAUGAAAUCUGGCUUUGGUUUGUGCCCUUGGUUGCUUACAGUUGGGUGUUGGUUUUUUUUGUUGGUUUGGCUACUGCUUUUGCUUUUCCAGCACAGUAAAUACACCUGUUCUUAAACACCGAGAGGUCCUAUCACAUUGCCAAAAUGCAAUGUUCUUAAAAUUCCUGAGACUAUUGGAAUUACAGAAGGGUUCAGAUGUUUUAUUUUCUAGGUCAUUUAGGGGCGAUCACAUUUUCAGGGUUUUCUCCUAACCACAAGGACUUUAAACAUAAUUUGCACAAGUAAAAAAACCCCAAAUGUACUAACUUAUUUUUAAGGAGACACUUUGUUAUGAACAGUAGUCACUGUAAAAGUGUGCAGUACUGUAAUUUUCUGCUAUUGGUGUGUACGUUGAAAAGCAUCUUAACUUUAGAAUCUCUAAGCCAUUGUUUUUUCUUAAAAAAACCCCUAAAGAGCGACAAUCCCAAGGCUCUUCCUAUCCCCGCCCCCCCCCCCCCCCACCCCCCCCCCCCCCCGCAAUGUUUCACUGAGGAAAGGACAAGGCAAAAAUUACAGGAAGAUGCUAACAUAAUCUAAUUUCCUAUUUGAGCAUGCGAGCAUGCAAUUCAUCAUUGGCACUAAGUUUGUGAGAUUUGUUUUUCAUAAUAAUCUAACUGGAAAGCGGUUUUUAAUACUUACCUUGUGUGCCUUCUACUUCACUAUUUAUUGAAUAGCUGAGCACUCCACUGUGCACCUUGAAAUCUUUUUACAAUGCGUCUUAAAGCAGAUUUCCUUCCUCUUCAACUUUUGAUGAUUUUAGAAGGCUUCUAUAAAUGCAGAAUCAUAGAAUCAUUUAAGUUGGACAAGACCCUUAAGAUCAAGUCCAGCCGGCACUGAAGCUCACGAAGAUCAUAGAGUUGAGCAUCACACUUUGUAUGCACACAAGAAAAAAAGCUUUGAAAACAGUCCUACAGGACUUUCAGAGUUUGUACUAGCUCAGUGUUUAAUUAUUCUGGUAGUACAGAAUUUUUCCAGUAACAUCCACGUCAUUUGCAUUACAGUGGCUUUAGUGCGUCUUCUCUUUGUCCUAGAUGUACAUGCUUGGGGUUAAAUGGGAAAAAAACUCCUUUGAAUUUCAAUGGAUGAAACAGUAAAGUGUCUGUGGUGGAGAGGUAGAGCAAGAUUAUUUUUUGAGGGACUUGGUUUUAUUUAUUUAUUUUUAAUUGGAUGAGGUGCAGAGAUGUCCUUUGAACUUAACCAAGUAGGCAUUUUUGCUUUUUUUUUCCUGCCUGUGAAUCUUGCUGUGUUUCUCUUAACUGAUGGACUCAUACUAAGCAGUUUUACGAUAGCUGAAUAGCAUUAACCUUCAUGGUGACUUUCACUAUAAAAAUAGCUUUGCCCCUAUCUACCCAAAGCUUUUUAAAAUGUGGACGUAAAAUAGAAUUUCAUCUUCUCUCUAGGAAGCCAAACAAAUGAAACUUGCCAGUCCAAGGAUGUCACCCCUUAACCUGGCUAACAGGCUGUUUGUUUUCUGAUGCAUGGAACAAGGAGCAGAAAUUCUGCAAGUCUGAGCUUCCUGCAGAUUGAAACUUCCUCAAAACUCUGUGUUCCCAAGUUUCUUGAAAGUCUGCAAUUUUCUCAACAUUUCCAUUGUCUAACUCAAUGAACGAAGUACCAGCUGGCACUGCUUUUGUACCGAUGAACUGGAUACACUGUAUGUACACACUAGAUAGUUUGUCUGGGGAAACUACUAAAGGUGAGCUACAGUUUUAUAGCUGGGAGUAGACACGUGGUCAAGUGGUGUUGACAACGGUUUACUGUGAAUCUUGGUAAAAUUACCAUUCAUCAUAGAUCACGUUCAGAAAAGACCAUGUUCAGAAGGUUACUCCAAUUUAGAAAUCUGAUGGAUUACGAGUAACUAGCAGCUGCACUCUAAAGGCUGACGUGUAUCACCAGUGUAGUUUGAUGCAUUAAAUUUUUUGUCACAAAUGCUG